GAGGGCGCUCCGGAAGCGGAGGGGGCCGGGGGGAAAAUGGCGCCCAGCUCGAAAUCGGAGCGGGGCGGCCCGGGGGGGAAGCGGGGCCCGGCGGGGGCGGCGGGCGGGUCCUCGACCGGGCCGGGCCCGCGGGGCCGCCGCGAGCACGUCGUGAGGCAGCUGGACCGCGUCAAGAUCAGCGGGCAGCUCUCGCCCCGGCUCUUCCGCAAGCUGCCCCCGCGGGUCUGCGUCUCCCUCAAGAGCAUCGUGGACGAGGACUUUCUGUACGCGGGGCACAUCUUCCUCGGCUUCUCUAAGUGCGGCCGCUACGUCCUGUCCUACACCAGCAACAGCGGCGACGACGACUUCUCCUUCUACAUCUACCACCUUUACUGGUGGGAGUUCAACGUCCACAGCAAGCUCAAACUGGUGCGGCAGGUUCGCCUCUUCCAGGACGAGGAGAUUUACAGCGACCUGUACCUGACGGUCUGCGAGUGGCCCAGCGACUCCUCCAAGGUCAUCGUCUUCGGCUUCAACACCCGCUCCGCCAACGGCCUCCUCGUCAACAUGAUGAUGAUGAGCGAUGAAAACCACCGGGACAUUUACAUCAGCGCGGUGGCCAUGCCGCCCCCCCGGCACUGCCCCGGCUGCCGAGACAUGGCCCUGGCCCACCCCGGCGACCGGCAGGCGCACUGCCUGCGGCACGGCUUCAUGCUGCACACCAAGUACCAGGUGGUCUACCCCUUCCCCACCUUCCAGCCCGCUUUCCAGCUCAAGAAGGACCAGGUCGUCCUGCUCAACACCAGCUACUCCCUGGUGGCCUGCGCCGUCGCCGUCCACGCCGCAGGCGACAGCAGCUCCUGCCAAAUCCUCUACGAGCGCCGGAGCGCGGCGGGGCCCGGCCGCCGCGCAGGAUCCGUCCCGCCGCGACCGGAGGAGCCGGGGGAGCGGGAGGGAGCCGGGGCGGCGGGGCCGGGCGGGGCCGGGCGGGGCCGGGCGGGGCCGGGGCUCUCUCCCGCCGUGGCCAAAGCCAAAGAGUUCGUGGCCGACAUCUUCCGCCGCGCCAAGGAGGCCACGGGGCCGGCGCCGGCCGGCGGCGCGGGCGAGGAGGAGGAGGAGGAGGAGGAGGAGGAGGAUGAUGGCAGCGGCACCGCCGGCUUCGAGUGCCGCUCCCCGCCCGCCCCCGCCCCCGCGACCCCCGGCUCAGCCCCGGCGGUAUCGGGGCGCUGCCCCCUGCACCCCGCCUCCCCGCGGGGGGAGGGCAGCCCGGCGGGGGAGCCCCCCCCGGCCCCCGGCCCCCCCUGCACCCCCCCCGCGCCCCCCCCCGAGCCCGGCUACGUCAACUACACCAAACUGCGCUACGUGCUGGAGCCCGGCGAGCCCACCGCGCCCGAGGAGGAGUACGAGGACGACAAGAUCUCGCUGCCCUUCGUGGUGACCGACCUGCGCGGCCGCAGCCUGAAGCCGCUGAAGGAGCGGGCGACGGCGCAGGGGCAAUACCUGACCGUGGAGCAGCUGACGUUGGACUUCGAGUACGUCAUCAACGAGGUCAUCCGGAACGACGCCGCCUGGUCCCGCCAGUUCUGCUCCUUCAGCGACUACGACAUCGUCAUCCUCGAGGUGUGCCCCGAGACCAACCAGGUCGUCAUCAACAUCGGGCUGCUGCUCCUGGCCUUCCCCUCGCCCGAGGAGGAGGGGCAGCUUCGACCAAAGACGUACCACACCAGCCUGAAGGUCGCCUGGGACCUCAACACCGGCACCUUCGUCACCGUCAGCGUGGGGGACCUCGCCGAGGUCAAGGGGCAGACGAGCGGCAGCGUGUGGAGCUCGCACCGCAAGGGCUGCGUCGACACGGUGAUGAGGUGGCUCGUCCCGGAGAGCAGCGGCCGCUACGUCAACAGGAUGACGAACGAGGCGCUGCACAAAGGCUGCUCCCUGAAGGUGUUGGCGGACAACGAGCGCUACACCUGGAUCGUGCUGUAGCUCCGGCGCCCGGGGUGCCCCCCCCGCCCCCCCCCCCCGCCCCGUUUUGGGGCCGCCUGGGGGGGUUUGGUUUUUUCUGCUUUUUUCUGUUCAGUGUUUUAAGGGGGGGGUGGGGGGAGGGGAGCCCCAGGAGGCCGGGCCCACCCCCACCCCCGCCCCCGCCCCGUCCCCGUUAAUAAAUAGUCCCAUUUCCA